UCGGAAUCCGAGCUGCUGUUCCGGAUGCUGAAACCCGAGGAGGAUCUAAAAGUUAACGGGGGUGAAGGUCGAAAAUCUACCUCGCCCGAGUUCCUCCCCAUUAACCUGAGGGAGAACAUCGACCCCGGCGGCAAGGACGUCACGAAAACCGACGCGAAACAACUCCAGAAACAGCUCGGGAGAUCCUUUGAAAGAGACUACAUGUCCAUCACCGACCCGUCGCUUUCGUCCAGCCAACCCGCAAUCCAGUUCAUCAACGGGAGACCCAAGGGUCAGCGUCCCUCGUUCCUGAAGCUUUUGAGAGGCGCGCGUCUUCAGGACGGGACGAAGAUCAAGCUGAGGAUCGACGAGCGAUCCCGUAAAAAGGUCCAGAACUACAUCUGGGCGCUGACGCUGUGCCCCGUGGUGCACACGUGGAGAAACCUCGGGCCGCAGUACUGGCCGCGGUGGAUCAAGGAGGCGAGGUGCUCCACCAAGGUGUCGUGCUCCAUCCCGAAGGGCAUGACGUGCGCCCCCAGCGCCAAGACGUUCAAGACGAUCCUGAGGUGGCACUGCGGGGACCCCAGGUCGAAGUUGAACUGCAGUUGGAUCACCAUCAACUACCCGGUCAUCACGGCCUGCUCAUGUGGUUGCUGA